GUCUAUUCUCCGUCGCUCCUGCUGGCGUCGUGCCACCUGAGGAGGCCUAAACUUGAUCAGAGCAUCCCAAAGAACUGACCCAAUCCAGCUACUCCGCGUGUCAUUCUCGUGAGCUUCUUUUCUCAUCUCUGAUCCUUCUACUGCAGUCCUUCCUCACCCCGUUUCCUUACUUCAAUUCAAACAAGUGCUUACGACUCGACUCCUGCUCUCGAACACUUCCCACCCCCUAGACUCUCGCUUUCGUGAGUACUAGUACUCCUCCAGUUUCUCAAUACUAUCUUUUCUGGACCUUGUCCGACCACCUCUAUACCCGACGUUCUCUUCUGUGAUCGCUGGUCGAAGACGACAUUCAAGCGUCAAUCGCAGAGCACCCUCAAACACUCGUUCUCGAACAAGAGAAGCCAGAUUACACACCAACCAUCAUGCCUCAACUCCAAACACCGACCGUCCUCCUUACUCUUCUCCUGACCGCCCUCCCUUCGAUGACCUUCGCUAUGCCUAUAACUCACCUCUACAAACGCGACCUCACCACCGGUGCCAAAGCUGGUCUCGGUGUCGGCAUCGCCGUUGCAGCAGUCCUCGUUGUCCUCCUGGCCGUCUUCUUCGCAAUUCACCUCCGCCGCGCUCGACACCUGGCGCAGAUCAACAAAGAGCGAGCCAUCCUCGCCGGCGAGAAAAACAAAGAUGGAUCAGACAAGCCAGACAAAUUUGUUCCUGAACCAGUCCAGUCUGCGAUUCCCAGGCGAAACAAGUCUGUCAAAGACCGCCUGAUGGGCCCUUUGUACCGAGGUAGCACGAUCGAUCUGAUGCCUGUCCCGAGAGCCCACAUGCACGGCGAGAACCGACAGAGCACCAUGACCCUCGGUGAUGGAGAGUCAUUCCUGCACAAGCCUUGGGCCAAGGGUGAGAGCUCGCCCAGGCCGAGUUUCAGCAGCAAGCGAGCCACGAGAAUGAUGAUGAUGAUGUGAGCAGACUCAUGUGACGUUCGUCAUUUCUCAUCGCAGUUGACUGCCGUUCUGCUUUGCUCUUUAAGUUGCACAAUGACUACAAAAGUAGCUUGACGGUGCAUUUAUACUAUACCCUGUUGAACCUUGACUGUCUCUCAGUUGGGAGAACCGGAAGGAUUUUGGUUAUGUUUGGCGCAGGCAGGAGCUUGGGCGUUGGUCGUCUAUCGAGAAGAAAUGGACACGGCUGGCUUUCCUACACCCAACGGAAUAUCCGCGGGGGUUAGCCGUGUUGCACGUCGAGUCAUAUUGUCGAUUUGUACUGGUCAGAAGACGCCAGAGAGAUCAAAGAGGUAUGGGAUAUAUCGGCGGCCGCAGGGUUUAUUUACCUAUCUAACACAGACAUAUACUAUGAUAUAUCAAAUCAAAGACACGUGGAUCCCGAAUGCUGCAGAUUUCACUGCUUGCCUUGAAUACCAGUGCCAAGUUAUCCUCCUUGCAUUGGGUUUCAGAACAAAUUCUUCUUGGUCUCCAUUGAGGAGUGACGGACGUACAAGGCUGCAAAGUCCUCACAAAGCAGGGAAAGUCCCCCCUUGAGAUUAGCAGAUCCGACACCAAAAGGUUACAUGCCUAUUCGACGGCGAAAUUUUGAUGGACUGAGAGCAGCCUUGGCCGUGUCAGAUGUGUGUAAGAAGUGGACAAAUGCGUGAGCCCCCAUGCGAAGAGCGGCCUCACGUUCAUUGAGACUCUAAGCUGCCUCGCAAUCAAUUCACUAAACAGACGAUGUCUGGCCACAUCGAGCAUCGUGAAUGUGACAGUAAGAUGCGGGCUGGGUGGAGGUUACACAGAAUUCUCGAGGUCUCCAGCUUGGCUGUGUGAUUUGUUUCCCUGCAUUAAAUACCCCUUACGGAGUAAAGGCUGCUGAAGAUAUUCGUCCAACAUACUAUGUAGUACAUU